CGAACAUCUACCAGUGAAUUAUUUAGGAGAAUUAUAACGAACGCGACCAUCAAAUUAACGAAAAGUGUUUGAAAAAGAGACACUGAUAAAACGGCCUUUUUAUCGAGAGUUUCAAAGGGAAUUUAGCUAGGUGCAAUGAACAGUGCUCAGUCGAAUCGAGCGGUUCGCCAGUAAUGGAGAAAGUGUACGUGAUGUGAAAGGUUUCGAAAUUCCUUUACUACUUCGUAGAUUUGUAGGCCGGUUUGGAAUCAUGGAAGAGGUGUUUCAAAACGGAAAUUACCAGAGGGAGGCAAACGCAAAUAUGACAGCCGCGGAGACGCAGAAAGAGGAUUCAUUAUUCGAGCAUAUGGAGAUCUCAAUAGCUGAGGCUGAAAAACGAGCAAACGGAGCAUUGAAUUUAAGAGAAUUUUAUACAGUCUACCUCAUUGAGACUAAAGUUACUGAUCCUGACUUUAAAGGUGCACUCACCAAAGUAAGUUCUCUGUGGCGUCGAUACACAGAAUUUGAACUGCUUCGAGCUUAUUUAGAGAUUUCUUAUCCGUACAUUGUACUGCCUCCAUUGCCAGAAAAAAAAGUACUAUACGCAUGGCAAAAAGUUACCACCGACACAUUUGAUCCAGACUUUGUUGACCGGCGUAGAGCAGGUCUUGAAAAUUUCCUUCUAAGGGUAGCAUCGCAUCCUAUACUGUCUCGCGAUGAGCAUUUUAUGGGGUUUCUACAACAGAAGGAUGGCUGGAGGGAAAGUAUUAAAGAGACUGGAUACUUGCAGCUAGCAGAAUCAAAAUUAAAAGCACUGAGCGUAGCAGUGCGAUUAAGAAAACCGGACAAACGAUUCGAAACAAUAAAAAAUUAUGGAAUUGAACUUCAAAAUAACUUAUGCAAUCUUCUUCGUGUGCGUGCGCGAUUGGUAGAAAAGCAAUACAGUUUGUACAAACUACAUGCAAAUUAUGGUCGCGUGUUCAGUGAGUGGAGUGCCAUAGAGAGGGAAAUGGGUGAUGGUUUGCAGAAAUCGGGCCACUAUCUGGACUCGUUAGCAGCAAUGAUAGACACGAUUCUUGAGGAGGAAGAACUGAUAGCAGAUCAGUUAAAAGAAUGGUUGUUUGGUGCUUCUGCGCUACAAGCAGUAGUCAGACGAAGGGAGGCUUUACAGUUAGCUAAAGACGAAGCUCACGAUGCAUUGACUAAUACGUUUGAUCAGAAGGAAAAAGUCAUGCAAGGUAAGUCAGGCUUAAUGUCACGAUUAUUUGGUUCCGUGGAUACAGAGGAAGUUCGUGAAUUGAAGAUAUUGCAACUAGAGCAAAGAAUUGCACAGCACGAAGAAGCUGUCAAACAAGUGGAUGAAGAUUUAAAAUCUUUUUCUAUUAAAGCUAUGAUGGACAUAGAGAGAUUUCAACAUCAAAAGGUAGUAGAUUUAAAAGAGAUUUUGGCAGCUUAUUGCAUUUUACAAUUCAAGCUCGCUAGGAAGCUGACGAACAACAAUAACUGUUUUCACAUUUCUCGCGCGAUAUACAUUCCUAUAUUUGUAAGCUCACUCGUACUGUACGCUUAUUACUACAUAAAUGUACAAGAUUGUUUCUAUUAUUUAACGUUAGAUUAGAUGAUAUUAUUUAUAUAUAUAUGUAUACACGAUUCAUGUUGGAUGUAUAGAUAUGUGAAACGUUAUUUAAUAUUUAUAUGUAUUUAGUAGGGGUGUGCGAUGUUUCGAAAAUCUCGAGUCGAGAUCGAGGCGAGUUCUUGGAAAUACUCGAGAAUCUCGAACAUAUCGAAAUUCUCGAAAAUUUCAAGAACUUAAUUAAAUGAUGAUAAUAAUAAUAUUUAUUUUUAAUUAACGGGGAAAAAAUUGGGAUAAGAAUAUAAAAAGACAUACGGGGUGUUUGGCGAUCAAGAAUGCCAAUUUGUUGAUCGAGGUUUCAUUAAAAAGUUAUUAACGUUCAAAGUUCCGGCUGUAGAACGGCAAUUUGUCCAUC